AUGUCGAUGCGCCGCCUGGGCGCUGCUGAUUUCCGCGGAGUCCGCGAGCGCCGCUCCGGCGUCUUCUCCUCCGAAAUCUCGUUCGGCGAAAAACGGCUCAGUCUCGGCACCUUCGACACCGCAGAGGAGGCGGCCCGUGCGUACGACGCGGCGGCGUGGCGCCUCCGGCGGCCUCGUUGGGAUAUGAAUUUCCCUGAUGUGUCGACGAGCCAGUGCGCGCAGGAUCUCGCGCAUCUCCCGCGGCUUUUCACCGACGAGGAUCGUCGUGACAACCGGAGGCGGCACCGUCGCCUAGCGAUCGCGGAGAUGGACGUGGAAGCCAUGGCGGAGUGGCGCGAACGCUUCCCGCAGGACAUCGUCAACGAGCGCCAGUUUUACAGGCAACGGAGGACGGAGAGGGAGGCGAGGAGAAAGGAGUGA